AAAAAAAAAAAAAAUGGAAAAAGCGAUGGAGAGACAAAGGGUGCUGCUUCAGCAUCUUCAACCUUCGUCUUCUUCCGACUCCGCUCUCUCUCCCUCAGCUUGCUUAGCUGCAUAUCAGAACACCUCUAAAUAUGGAGAUGAUGUUGUCAUCGUCGCGGCACAAAGGACUGCUAUUUGCAAGGCAAAACGUGGCAGCUUCAAGGAUACAUAUCCGGACGAGUUGCUUGCAUCUGUUCUGAGAGCAUUGAUAGAGAAAACAAAUGUAAACCCAUCUGAAGUUGGUGACAUCGUAGUGGGUACUGUUUUGGGGCCAGGAUCUCAGAGAGCCAGUGAAUGCAGGAUGGCUUCGUUCUAUGCUGGUUUCCCUCUAACUGUUCCCAUUAGAACCGUCAACAGACAGUGUGCAUCUGGGCUUCAAGCUGUCGCUGAUGUUGCCGCUGCCAUAAAAGCUGGUUUUUAUGACAUUGGUAUUGGAGCUGGACUGGAGUCCAUGACAACCAAUCCAAGGGGUUGGAAAGGAUCAGUCAACCCAAAGGUGAAGAAUUUUGAACAAGCACAUAGUUGCCUUCUUCCAAUGGGUAUUACUUCAGAAAAUGUAUCACACCGGUUUAAUAUUUCAAGGGAGGAGCAGGAUCAAGCCGCUGUUGAUUCUCACAGAAAAGCUGCUUCUGCUACAGCUUCCGGUAAAUUUGAGGAUGAAAUAAUCCCCGUAAAAACCAAGAUAGUUGACCCAAAGACAGGUGAUGAGAAACCCAUAACAGUUUCUGUGGAUGAUGGGAUUCGACCCAACACAACCCUUUCCGGACUUAUGAAGCUGAAACCAGUGUUUAAGAAAGACGGAACCACAACUGCUGGAAAUUCAAGCCAAUUAAGUGACGGUGCAGGAGCUGUUCUACUUAUGAGGAGAAGUGUUGCAAUGGAGAAAGGCCUUCCUAUUCUUGGUGUAUUCAGGACAUUUGCUGCAGUUGGUGUGGACCCAGCCAUCAUGGGGAUUGGGCCAGCUGUUGCCAUUCCUACUGCAGUCAAGGCGGCUAGUUUAGAACUUGAUGACAUCGACUUGUUUGAGAUUAAUGAGGCGUUUGCAUCUCAGUUUGUUUAUUGUCGCAACAAGUUGGGGAUAAACCCGGAAAAGAUCAAUGUCAAUGGAGGAGCCAUAGCCAUUGGACAUCCAUUGGGCGCUACAGGUGCCAGAUGCGUUGCAACACUGCUGCACGAGAUGAAACGCCGCGGUAAAGACUGCCGUUUUGGAGUAGUGUCAAUGUGCAUAGGUUCGGGAAUGGGAGCAGCUGCGGUGUUUGAGAGAGGAGACAGCGUGGAUGAGCUCCGCAACAUCUGUAAAAGAAAAUAAGGCCUUUUGACAAAGGGCUCUUGCUAUGGACUUUACAAAUUAGAACACUGCUACAAAUAAAUGUGUUAUAGAUGAAUAAAUCAUGACAACAACAGGACAAUACUUGAGACUUGAGAACAACUUUCUAACAAUACAUAGUGAGUAGAAUCAUUUAUAAAUAUACCAUUUAAGAACAUA